AUGGGAACCAACGAGAAUGGCGGGCAUGAUGAAGUGCGAGUUCACGACCUCUGCACCAAAGAGUCAUGGUGGAAUGUGCCUCAUCUGGUGAGGCUGAACCUCAUGCUUGCGGUCCCAUUCAUGUCGGCCUAUAUAGGCGGAUAUGAUGGCAGUGUGCUCAAUGGAAUGCAGACCCUUGACCAUUGGAAAUCUGAAUUUGACUAUCCCUCUGGUGGUGUUCUUGGCCUUUUGGUCAAUAUCCAAACCAUCGGUGGCGUGGUUGCUUUGCCUGUCGCCCCUUGGAUGGCCGACAAGUACGGGCGACGCCACCCAAUCUUUCUUGGGUCCUGCAUCAUCAUUGGCGCUGCAAUUCUGCAAGGAUGUGCCACCAACAUGGCCAUGUUCUUAGCUGGGCGCUUCUUCAUUGGCCUUGGUGGAAUGUUUAUCUCAUGCGCUGCUCCUCCACUUCUUGGAGAACUGGCAUACCCGACCCAUCGACCUAUCAUCACCGGCAUCUACAACACCACCUGGUAUACUGGCGCUAUUGUCGCUGCCUGGGCCACGUACGGUACCUUUCACAUGAAUAGCAACUGGAGUUGGAGAAUUCCUUCGCUCCUCCAGGCACUAGUUUCCAUAUUCCAGGUUAUCUUUGUCUACUUCCUCCCUGAAAGCCCUAGAUGGCUGGUUGCGAAUGGUCGUGCGGCAGAGGCGACCAAAGUCCUCAGCAAGCAUCACAGCGGCACCGACGAGCCGACUGAGCUUGUGCGCCUUCAGAUCGCCGAAAUUACUAGUGCCAUCGAGUUUGAACGCUCUGCCGAGUCUGUCUCGUACCUCCAGUUCUUCAAAACCAAGGGAAACCGCCAUCGUCUAGUUGUUGUUGCUUCCCUAGGCUUCAUCAUCCAGUGGUGCGGUAACCAGCUUAUCGGUCCCUAUCUCGCUCUCGUCCUCUCAGAUAUCGGCAUCACCGAUGGCGAAACGCAGAACCUCAUUAAUGGAGGUCUUCAGAUCUACAAUUUCAUCAUUGCCUGUAGUUCUGCUACGCUUAUCGACCGAAUUGGCAGGCGGCCCCUUCUACUAACGUCCACUAUUGGCAUGUUAUCUACCUUUACUGUUUGGACCAUCUUGGCGGCGCGAAACCAGAUGGAGAAUGGCUCCCACAAGGGGUUCGGCAUCGGAAUCGUCGUUCUGAUUUUCGUCUUCUUCACCUUCUACAAUAUUGCCAUGUCGCCUCUACCUAUCGCCUACCUUCUCGAGGUACUGCCAUAUACGCUUCGCUCCAAGGGUCUCAGCAUCUUCAACUUGGCACAGAUUUGCAGCGGUCUCUUCAACGGAUUUGUUAACCCGGUCGCAUUGAAGGCCCUGAGGUGGAAGUACUACAUCGUCUUUGUUAUCGCUCAGGUUCUGUGGCUCAGCAUCAUCUACUUCACUUACCCUGAAACUCGGGGGUUGGCCCUCGAAGAGGUCGCCCAGAUCUUUGAUGGUAGACAAGUGCUCGACAGAACCCUUGAUAUCAAGGCUGAAGGCAUUCCUGAGGUCGAUCACAAGAGCAGAGUCACAUCAGAUGACAAGGAACUGUAG